AUCAAGUUGUAAACAAUUGUUAAAAAUAUAAUUGCUAUGGAGAUGAUAUUGUUGUUAUUUUCAUUGAAUAAUAGCGUCAACAAACGUAAUUGAAGCCAAAAAUCGGUCAUUUUCCCAGUUGUGUGUAAAAAAGAAUGAACUAUUGCAUAAAAAGAGAGCUGUUCGACGACAAAGACAAGCCAAAAAUCCCCAGGCCCCCCAACGCCUUCAUGUUGUAUGCGAACGAGAACAGAAAGAAAAUGUCGCAAUUGUACCCCACGGAAUCCAACAAAGACAUAAGCAAACGUCUUGGAAGCGGCUGGAAGUCCCUAAACGAGGACGACAGAAAAAAAUUCUUCGAUCGGGCUAAAGCAAUCGGAUUGCAACACAAAAAAGAGUUCCCAGAUUACGUUUACAACCCCAAGGAGGCGAGAAUACGCAAAGCAAUGCGCGAUGCAAGUCGUGAACGUUCGAUCGCCGGGACUUCCCCCAUGCUGGCGAGACCCAACGCGCGCAGAGCGCCUUCGCACGGCUGGGGGCCACCUUCGCACGACGACCACCUCAUGAUGUCGCCUCUGGGAGGGAUGCAGCCGCCGUCUUGCAGUUUUGCGAUGUCGGGAGGCGGCGAUCAGUUCAUGGGAGGCGGCAUGAGCGCCUAUAGCAAACUGGAAGCGGCGGCGGCGCCGCCACCACCGCCGCCGUCGACCGGUUCGGUGCACACGAACUACCUGCAGUCGAAUCCGUUGGCACAACUGCAACAGCAUGCUGAGAUGUGGCCGGAGUCGUAUCACACGAUGCGAAGGACGUCAGGCGAAUCAGCGUUUAUGAUGGGUGAUGUCGCGCCGUAUUCCGGGCAAACUCCGGAGAUGCAGCCGACGCCUGCGACGUCCCCGGAGAAGGAGCCGGACCAGGAGCAAUUCCUUCCGGUGUUUGAGCAACCGGAAGAGACCAAGGUCAAAAAUAAGGCGUCGUCGGCCAGUAAACCUCUGCCGGACUUCAACGAAGCGUUCGGAUCGACCGAAAGGGGGCGCUUUCAGAGUCCGCCCGAUCCGCGGCUGGCGCCCAACAAGGGGUAUAUCGAUUAUUUCUUCGACAGCGACCUGAUCAAAUUCGACGAUUAUCAAAUUUAAAAAUUGUUUCGGCUCAAUUUUAGAAAAUUUUGGAAUUGUGCCUUUUUGUUUCGGUUUUUUCGUUGGGACCAAGAAACUUUAUUCCGGUUGUAGGCGAAUGUUCUGCACUAUAUUCUAGUCAAAUGUAUAUAUAAAAAGUUAGCUGUUAAUAUGUCAUGUAACCCAUUUAAACUAAUCCGUGUUAAAGAGAAGUCGGAGGAUUAUUGAUUGUUACGUUUGGUGGAGGAGAGGUUUCGAUCGGAUCGUGUAAUAUCAAUGUACAGAAUUGUAAAUGUAUUUAGUGUUAAAAUAAGGUCGUGCCUUAGUAGAUAAUUCAAAAUUCAACUAAAAAACAUCAACAAUUAGAGCUUCCCGUCGUGUAUUUGGGAAAGUUUGUAAAUAAAAACUUGAAUCCAAAGAAUAUGCUUCCCAAAGGUUUUUUUGAGAAUAGCGACAAUUCUAAAUCUUCCUUUAGUCUUCAAAAUCAAACAACAGAAUCAGACCAGAGUUCUCAAACGAAUUGAUCAAAUCGUUUUGUACUAGAUUAAUGUGGUCCAUUCUUAUAUCUAUCCUUGUGAUCGUCAUAGAUAGAGUAAUAAUCAAACCAAAAAUCCAAAAAAAAAAAAAUGAACAACACCAGAUUACAUUGUACAAAUAUAUAAAAGUUGAAUAUUGGCGGCCGAGGAAUCGCAAACAACUUCAAACACCGACUUGCAAGAAUCCGUCUCAUCAUCCAUGCAGUACAACCAACCCAAAAAAUGUUGUUUUCGGUCCCGCGCCGCCCUGUAUUGUAUGUUGUCUUAGGAUUAUUUCUAGGGGAGUCCCCGCUUCCAUUAUUGUGUUAAAUCCAUAUCAAGUGAUAUCGUUCAAUUACAAAAUAUAUUAUUUAGAGCUGA